GCUGGGAAGUGUCAGCUUUCGGCCCCCCCAAAAGCAGCACGGAGCAGUUACGGGGAUGAGGUUUUUCCUUCAAUAUGUCGCCUACUUCCUUGCCUUCUUCUCCGCUGGGUUUCUCAUCACGGCGACCUGGACAGACUGCUGGAUGGUGAACGCCGACGACUCGCUGGAGGUGAGUACAAAGUGCCAGGGCCUGUGGUGGGAAUGCGGCACAAACGUCUUCGACGGGAUUCAAACCUGCGAUGAGUACGACUCUAUACUGGCCGAGCACCCCGUGAAGCUGGUGCUGACCCGAGCCAUGAUGAUCACAGCCGACAUCCUGGCAGGAUUCGGAUUCACCUUCCUGCUGCUGGGUCUCGACUGCGUCAAGUUCCUCACCGACGAGCCCAACAUCAAGCUCCGCAUCUGCCUGGUGUCGGGGGUUACGCUGCUCACGGCAGGCAUCCCAGGCCUCAUUGGCUCGGUGUGGUACGCUAUUGGUGUGUAUGUGGAGCGCUCCUCUCUGGUCUUGCACAAUGUGUUUCUUGGCAUCCAGUAUAAAUUUGGCUGGUCCUGCUGGCUUGGAAUGGCUGGGUCGCUGGGAUGCUUCAUGUCUGGGGCCAUGCUCACCUGCUGCGUGUAUCUCUUCAGAGAUGUUGGGUCUGGGAGGUUUCACUCUUCUCGCUCCCUGAGGAAGAUGUACUCCCCAGCUGGCACCAUUGUGGCAAACACGUACCGUCCGUCUUCUCGGACAGCCACUGCCCAAGUGUACGCGGUGGACACCAGAGUGUGAGGAGCAGAAGAGGGUGAGAUAAAGUGCUCUGCUCUCAGCUUUCUCUGUACACGCAGAGCCCUGGACUCUAGCGGUUGCCAGACAGAUGCUCAGUUCCCACUUAAAGAGAUGUGGCAGAAAGAAAAAUA